AUCUGUAAUAUAAUAAUAAUCUUAUUACAUCAGCUACCUAUUAAAUCAGUUAAUACCAGGUUUGGGUUUUGUUUUGUUUUGUUUUUUCCAGCCGAUUUGGAAUUUAAGUCAUACACUCAAACUUGAAUGAUUCAGUUGAUUCCUAAACAAGAUUGUAAUGCUUCAGGUAGCCACCACUGUCUGACAAUUCCCACUUAAGGGCAAAACUAUGCAAAGUUAUCUUUUGGUUAAGCUUCCUGUAUUCUUAUUAGAUGACAAUGAAGGGAGAAGGUAUACAUGGGAGGGAACAGGACUGAGUGUUCAGGUCGGUGCUGCUUUCCCCGCAGCACGAUUCCAACCGAGAAAGUUAGUGCCGCUUGGCGUCUCACUGGCCACGCCUCUCCAGUGAGGCGACAGGGGAGGAAACUGCUGAGGAGAAAGCAUUUUUGGAACGGGUGCCACCCGUUUGCAAAUGAGCGCCCAGAACUGCAAAUUCUCGGCAGAGGCCUCUAUAUGCAGAAAAGUCAACGGAUACUAAGAUACUGACUGACAAGGAGGGGCAGCCCGGGUGGCUCAGACGGUUUAGCGCCGCCGUCAGCCCAGGGCGUGAUCCUGGAGACCCUGGAUCGAGUCCCAGGUCGGGCUCCCUGCGUGGAGCCUGCUUCUCCCUCUGCCUGUGUCUCUCGUGAAUAAACAAAUAAGAUCUUAAAAGAAAAAAAUACUUCUAGUCCCAGAGAAGCCACAUUUGCUUUCAUUAUUUCAUUGGUGCUUUUCCACAGUCCUGUAAAACGGGCAUUAUUUCUACUUCACGGAAGAGGGAACUGCUCCUAAGCUACAGGGUCGGUGGACUAACUACUCAGCAAGGCAGCAGCUAAGAGCACUCCCUCGGCGAGAACGACUGCCGUCCGGGGCUCACAGGCGCUGCCCCCACUUCACCCGCCAGGGGCACCCCCGGACGACCCACCUGCCCUGGAUUCCCGCGCGACUCAGGUGACCUUCCCGCGCGACUCAGUAGCCUGACUGGCCGCCAUUCGCCCAGCUUCCCCAAAGCCGGAAAAUCACCGCAGGUGCGCGCGCUGGCCUAGUCCCCGCCAGGCAGCACCACGCCGACAGGGCAAGGACGCCCAUAUGCCGUCACCCCGAGGGCGCUCCACGAAUCCGGACCGAGCACGCUGUGGCUGACUCAGCCCCGCCAACGGCCGGCCGCACUGUCACCAGCGAGGCUCCCGGCAGCCAGCGGGCCUAGCCCUCGGCUCCCAGGCCGCUCUAGCCGCGCUCGGACACCGCAAUCUCGGUGCUCCCGCCUGACGUCAUCGGCGGGCGCCGCAGCGCGGCGGCGGGCACGCGCAGCCGAGAAGAUGUCUCCGACGCCGCCGCUCUUCAGUUUGCCCGAAGCGCGGACGCGGUUCACGAAGUCUACCAGAGAGGCCCUGAACAACAAAAAUAUCAAGCCAUUGUUGAAUACCUUCAGCCAAUUACCUGGCAGUGAAAAUGAAAAAAAAUGUACCCUUGACCAAGCUUUCAGAGGUGUUCUAGAAGAAGAAAUUAUAAAUCAUUCAUCAUGUGAAAACGUUUUAGCUAUUAUUUCUCUUGCUAUUGGGGGAGUAACUGAAGGUAUUUGUACUGCAUCUACACCUUUUGUAUUGUUGGGAGAUGUUUUGGAUUGUCUUCCUCUGGAUCAAUGUGACACAAUAUUCACUUUUGUGGAAAAAAAUGUUGCUACUUGGAAAUCAAAUACAUUCUAUUCUGCUGGGAAAAAUUAUUUACUACGUAUGUGCAAUGAUCUCCUAAGAAGAUUAUCAAAAUCCCAGAAUACAGUCUUCUGUGGACGAAUUCAACUCUUUUUGGCCAGGCUUUUCCCUUUAUCUGAGAAAUCAGGUCUUAACUUGCAGAGUCAAUUUAAUCUGGAAAAUGUCACUGUUUUCAAUACCAAUGAGCAGGAAAGCACCUUGGGUCAGAAGCACACUGAGGAUAGAGAAGAAGGAAUGGAUGUAGAAGAAGGUGAAAUGGGAGAUGAUGAAGCUCCAACAACUUGCUCCAUUCCAAUUGAUUACAACCUGUAUCGAAAAUUCUGGUCACUUCAGGAUUACUUCAGGAACCCUGUGCAAUGCUAUGAGAAGAUUUCAUGGAAAACUUUUCUUAAGUAUUCUGAAGAAGUUCUAGCUGUUUUUAAAAGUUAUAAAUUAGAUGAUACUCAAGCCUCAAGGAAAAAAAUGGAAGAAUUAAAAACAGGAGGAGAACAUGUAUAUUUUGCAAAAUUUUUAACAAGUGAAAAGUUGAUGGAUUUGCAACUGAGCGACAGUAACUUUCGCCGACACAUCCUGUUGCAAUAUCUCAUUUUAUUCCAGUAUCUCAAGGGACAGGUCAAAUUCAAAAGUUCAAACUAUGUUUUAACUGAUGAGCAAUCACUCUGGAUUGAAGAUACUACAAAAUCAGUUUAUCAACUACUAUCUGAAAACCCCCCCGAUGGAGAAAGAUUUUCAAAGAUGGUAGAGCAUAUAUUAAACACUGAAGAAAACUGGAACUCAUGGAAAAAUGAAGGCUGCCCAAGUUUUGUGAAAGAAAGAACAUCAGACACCAAGCCAACAAGAGUAGCUCGAAAGAGAACGGCACCAGAGGACUUUCUAGGGAAAGGACCCAACAAAAAGAUUCUGAUGGGAAAUGAGGAGUUAACAAGGCUUUGGAAUCUCUGUCCUGAUAAUAUGGAAGCCUGCAAAUCAGAAACAAGGGAAUACAUGCCGACUUUGGAAGAAUUCUUUGAGGAAGCCAUUGAACAGGCAGACCCUGAAAACAUGGUUGAAAAUGAAUACAAAGCUGUGAACAAUUCAAAUUAUGGUUGGAGAGCCCUGAGACUAUUAGCACGAAGAAGCCCUCACUUCUUCCAGCCAACCAACCAGCAGUUUAAAAGUUUGCCAGAAUAUCUUGAAAACAUGGUAAUAAAGCUAGCAAAGGAAUUACCACCUCCUUCUGAAGAAAUAAAAACAGGUGAGGAUGAAGAUGAGGAAGAUAAUGAUGCUUUACUGAAGGAAAAUGAAAGCCCUGAUGUUCGGCGAGACAAACCUGUAACAGGGGAACAGAUAGAGGUGUUUGCCAGUAAACUGGGUGAGCAGUGGAAGAUCCUGGCUCCCUACUUGGAAAUGAAAGACUCAGAAAUUAGACAAAUUGAGUGUGACAGCGAAGACAUGAAGAUGAGAGCUAAGCAGCUACUAGUUGCCUGGCAAGAUCAAGAGGGAGUACAUGCAACACCUGAGAAUCUGAUGAACGCACUAAAUAAGUCCGGAUUAAGUGACCUUGCAGAAAGUCUAACUAAUGACAAUGAGACAAAUAGUUAGCUUCUUUCUUUCUUUCUUUCUUUUUUUUUUUUUUUAUUAAAACUAUGAUAAGAUUUUGUUACCAAGCAGCAUUUGAUAAAGAGGUCCAAUGGUUUUGGUAAACAAUAAACAUUUUUAUAACA